AUGUCUAAUAGUGUAAAAGUUAAAAUUAUCAACUUUCGUGAACCUGACGAAAUUUACAUUAAAUUUUUGGAGGGUGAAAAAUCUUGUAAUAAACAAGAGUCCAUAAAAGUGAAACAGAUUGAGAGAAAUUUAGUAAGACUGUGUAGAAAUGCUCCAAAGAUUGAUUUUCCUAAGUUUGGAGAGAUUUAUGGAUGUUAUAUUGGAAUUUGGAAGAAAUGGAUUCGUGGAAAAGUCAUUUCAAAGCAUAGCUCUAAUGAAUAUAAUGUCUUCUGCAUCGACCACGCACAGUACAAGAAGAAUAUCACUAAAAUUGUGAACAUUUCAGACGAGCUGAAAUGUGAGAACACGAUGUCAUAUUACAAAGUAUCAUUAGGGUUAAAGCCUUUAAAUGUGGAUAGGUGGUCACUCAAUAUAAUUGACAUUUGCAGAGCUUUUAUUCAAAAAGAAAAUGUUGAAGUCCAUUUUGUUCCAUUUUUUGAGGAAUUAGAUCUGUUUAUUGGCGAUUUGUUCAUCUUAGACGACGGGAGUAACUUUAGUAUGUCUGAAAAACUCGUUUCACUUGGAUUAGCUUCUAAACCAUCAACUGAUUUUAAUAAAAUCUUCAACAUGCUGCAUGAUAAGGAAAUUGGACCAUUAAAAACUAUCCAGCCUAAGAAGCGGCUUCAAAUAUACAAGUCUCAAUCCGAAACUCCUGAAAAAGAAUCCAAGCCUAAUCUCAAACUUCCAAAUAACUUGAUUCUUCAUGGAAGUGAAUUAAAAUCAUUUUGGAAUAGCAUUAAUGAAAGUGGCUUUCAUAAUUUCUUAAAGAAGAAGUUUUCUUAUAAGAAUGAGCAUUUAAACGACAUCCAAAAAGUCAUUUGGCCCCAAAUUGCAGACGGAAAUCACUCGUUUAUUAUUUCCUCAAAUCAAGACUGCUUAACAUCAAUUUACAUCCUUCCAUUAAUAAAUAAACUAUUAAAUCGUGCUAAUGGUGAUAAUUUGGGUCCUGUUGCAAUUAUAUUUGCUAACAAUUCAUCCAGAAUCGAUGAAAUUGUCAAGAAAUGUGAAGAUUAUGUUAAUCAAAAUAUUUCCAUUGUUAAGGCAGUUGGAAUGUGCAAGAAUAAGCAAAUUGAUUUAAUGAAUGGAUGUGAUAUUUUAGUCACAACUCCUCCAGCUUUUAUUCGACUUGUUCAAAAAACUUCAUACAAGAUCAUCGACGAAAAUACUCUUGGUCAUGUUGUUUUUGAUAAUUUUGAUCAAUAUUCAUUAAACCUCUUUGAUAAAGAAUUAAAUGCUUUAACUAAGUUUUUAUAUGCAUCAAAAGUGCCUCAAACUAUUAUAGUUUCAAGGACAAACAGCAAUGGAUUAAAGACGAAAAUAUUGAGCCGCUUAUCAACAGUAGAUACCGUAAUAUGUAUGGACAAUUAUCUCGAUGCUGCUGCAUUUGUAGGACUUUCAAUUUCAAUAGAAAUAGCUGGUUCGCAAGACAAGAUCCACAAACUAACCGAGACGGAUUUAAAUUCAUACAAAAAGAAUGUGAUUGUUGUAAGUGAAAUCGAAACUUUGUCAAUUCUGAAAGAAAAGCUUGCAGAAAAAGCUACCAAAAGUGACGAUGCAAAAAUCAACCAAAUCUUGGACGAAUCCAUUUUAACCAUCAACGACAUCAUUCUUAACGACUCAAUCAUCCAAAAUGCCGACAAUUUGAUUCAUUAUGACUUGCCAUUCAAUUUGUGCUCAGCUAUCACAACCAGUGAUCAAUUUUCAAAAAGAUUUAAAGUCUUUCAUAAUGAGAUCUACAAACGAUUAAGUUCACAAGAGAAGGAAACAACAGCUCUGAAGUCUAAAAUAAUUUUAAGUGACGAUAAUGUGAGUCAGUUUGAAGUACUAAUCAACUUCUUGAUUGGGCGAAAUUUAAUGAAGGCUAGUGAAAAAGUUAUUGAGAAAAUCUUUGUGAAAAAUGAGGCAGCAAAGUGCAUCAACAAAGCAUCUCUUUGUCAAAAUCUCACACAAUUUGGUGACUGCAAGACUUUCAAUUGUGUCCAUCGACACAAACUCUCAGAACAAGAUAAACCGCCGAUUCAUUUUGAGAUAUUUAAAAAUUUCAUCACAUUCGACUUGAUAUCUCUGCAAGGUCCAACUACUUUUGUCAUUAAAAUUCGAGAAUAUUAUGACAAUAAAUGGAUAUCGUGUGUUCAAUCAAAUGAACACAUUCAACAGAAACUUGAUGUUGAUAUGCAAAGAUAUUGUAACGAGAAGAGUAAUGCACUGACAUUGAAUGAAGGUAAGGUGGGAGAAAUAUAUGCAAAAAAAGACAAUAAAUUAGGUAAAUGGAUUCGUGGCAGAAUGAUAAAACGAAGAUCACGUCCAAUAGUUGAAUUAAGCUUGCUCGACUAUGCACCGGACAUACCAUCAUCAUUACAACCACUGUCUGCUCUAUGCAGUGAAGAAACAUUAGUAAAACUACCAGAAGAAUUUACAAAACUUGAUCCGCUGCUUUUCAAGCUUCAAAUCAUGAAUUUAAUUCCUUUGGAUGGUGAAAAGUCAUACAGCGCAAAUGAUAUCAAUGAAUUCAAUAAGUCAAUGACAAAGAUUCCCAGAAAUUCCAAGAUAUUUGCAAAAAUUGAAACUGUAAUUGGUGAUGUAAUGUUUUCUAAGAAUAUUGAGGCUAAAAAUGACAGUAAGGCUGUGAUUUUUCGAUUGACAGAAACUCAUUCGAAAUUAGGAAUUAGUGAAAUUGACGAGACAGUUUAUAAGAGGAUUUUGGAGCUUUCGUCGGCAUUAAAUGUAAAUAGCAAAGAAGAUCCAGUUCAAAAUAUACAGGAUGAAGAUUUAGUAACUGAAAAAUCUAUAAUCAAGCCUGUUGAACCUCUCAAAUGCUGGAAGCAACUCAAACAAGACAUGACAUACCCAAUAAUCGUCAAAGAAUACUUCUCGCCUUAUUCCUUCUUUGUGAUCAUCAUUAAUCAAGAGAAUUUGACUCUCAAGAACAAUUUGAAAACUAUUGAAGAAUCACAAGACCACAAGCAAUUAAUCAGCAUUAAUAUCAAUGAAUGUUGUCUGUUAAACUCCAAUAAUCGAUAUUUACGUGCUGUCAUUCUCAAUAUUUUGGCAGAUGGACAAAUUCAAGUUCUUCUCGUCGAUUACGGGGAAAUCCAAAAAUGUGACGAUAAAAGUCUUUUUGAAAUUCCCAAAGAGUUCCUUAAUCUCAACUUUCAAGCUGUUCAUUGCUCUAUGCUUGGUAUUUGUCCAAAAUUUAACAUGAAGUUUUGGCCAUCAUUGCAACGAACAUUAAUACAGAAACUCAUUUUUAAGUACAAUGAAAAGUCAUUAAAAAUGCUUGUGGUUAAAGACGAUCAAAAGCAGCAUCAAUUUAGUGGAAUUGGAGUCCGAAGCUAUAAUGUGAUGCUUUAUGACGAUGAAUCAAAGUCUUAUUUGAGUAAAUUAGCCGUCAAGGAAGGAAUUGCAAGUGAAUGCGUCGAGUACAAUGGUGAGUUUUAUAAAUCAACGAGUGAAAAUGAAGACAAUAAAUCGUUGAUGGAUACAUCCAUGUGCUGCAACGACAUAUCUAAUGAUACUGAGGAAGAGCUUUAUAUGUCGAAAUUAUUAGAAAUGAUAAAAAUGUCUCAAAGUGAAAGUGCUGUGGAUGAAAAUGACUCAGCAGAUUCUGGAAAUGUUUUAUCCAAUAACUCAAGAGAAUUUGUGUCCAGUAUGUCAGCAGAAUCCACAUAUAGCAUGUCGAAUGAAUCGUCAGAGUCUAGAGAAAUUUUGUCAACAAAUUCUACAGAAUCUAUGAUCAAUAUCUCAUCAACUGGAACUGCAUCGUCAUCAACAUCAUUAAAAAGUAUUUUUAAAUUACCGUAUAUUGAAUGGAGACAGAAUGAAAUUAUGAUUUAUCUGUUAAUAUCGGCAAAUGACUGCACAGAAUAUGCAUUAAGCAUCAAUGAGACAUCACUGGAUGUUUCAAUUAAGUAUCAAAAUAAUAAAAUUGAGAGAAGUAUUAUUCAGCUUUAUGGAUCAGUUAAACCUAAGUUCUGUUCUCAUGAAUUAGCUGGACUGAAGAUUAUAGUGAAACUUCCUAAGAAGUUUUGUGGAUUAGGUUGGCCACGAUUGACAAUGUCAAAAGAAAAAUCAAUUUAUAUUAAAUUUGGUGAUAAUAUGCCCUUUUUGAACUUAGAUUCUGACGAUUGUCAAGAAAACUACGCAACAAACAUUUCUGAUGAUGAAGAAAACGACAAGGAUAUCAAGAACUUUGGAUUGAAUGUCUCGACUGACGAUGAAGAUUUUUAUUAG